AGGAUUGCGAACAGAAUUAUUGUGCUAAGCGUGCGUGGAAAUGGUGGACACAUUGCGUAUUGUUUCUUUAGUUCUCCUUGGUGUUUCCGGAGUGUUGUGCGCACCCCUGAACGAAACAUUAAUUCCAUCAAAUUGGACUUCAUCGAGGUUGGCUAACGGAGUAGUGGCUUUUGAAAGCCCUAACGGGCGGAUUUUUGGACUCAAUGAAGUAUUGACCAUAAUUACGGAAGCCCCGAGUGCCAUUUCCAAUCUCCCCUCACUUGUUCAAUCGCUUGGAAUUGAAGUAGCUCCAACUGGGAUUAAGCUUGAUGGGAGUUGGCUCCUCGACCAGUUGCUGUCAAUGACGAGGGAAUUGUUGCCUCUUCCUGAGACAGUUUUUUUCGGAGGAGCAAAUCAACCUUUGAGAAUGGGGCCAAUUGAUGUACGUGUAGGAUCAGUGAUGUUCUACAACGGGCAUCUGAAAGGCCAUGGAUCAGUUCAAAGAAACGGACCAGCAGAAGUGAGCAUUUCAACCAAUUCAAGGUCCCAUGUAGGGUCUGGUUUAAUAUGGAACACCUUGGAGCUACUUUACGAGAUUGAUGUCGAAAUAUUUGGUCUGAUUCGCCAGCCACGUAAAUUGCUGGCACAGAUUGACACUCUUGGAUUUUCUUCCAAGUUCUCAGUAGAUACUGCUGACUUCGCUCAUUUCUUUGACCCGCAACUUGACCUUGUUGCUCUGAUCGACAUUGGCCACAUUUCCUUCAAACACACUACUGAGAGUCAAGGAGGAGUUUUGGACCAAAUCGACAAUGUGGUGGAUGCUUUCAUGCAAGACUUGAUGGAAAAAACUGUUUACCCCCGCCUGGAACUGAACUUGAAACUCAGCCUGAAAGAUGCAGGAAAAUGGCUCAAUGUCAUUGGGCUGAAAAGAGCAACAAGACUCGAGCUAUGAAAACAUAUUUUUCACAGUUAUAAUUCCUUCAAAAGGAGCAAAAUGGUCCACAGAAAGAAAAUUUUGCCAUCCUGCAAUGAACAGCUUCAAUUCAGGGAACAAAUGAGAAUCCCCUUCAAAUAGAGGACAGGUGCAAAGUUAGCUUGCAACCACCUUGUCUAGAGAACUAUAUGGAUUCGUCAGCUUAAAUUGAGUAGCUUAGAUUCGACUCUUAUCGUUGGAAAUGUUGACAUGUGUUACCCAUUUUUUGAAUCAAUGUAAGUGACAUUGCAACUGUCCUGUGGUGUUUCAUUUUUUUUGCAAGCUUCAUAGGUGUAUCUGCCAACUUGAACAUCCCAAAAUUUCAGCAUCAGCAUAAACCUGCGGACAACUUUAAAUAUGUUUAUAGUGUUAAAUCUAGAAACCAAAAUUCAAUGUUGUGUGGAAGGGCGCAAUGGUUUCAGCAGAAUGUUCUGAACAUCAAUGAGACGAGAUAACAGGAAUCCAAACAUUCCAGGAAGUGUUGGGUGGCAUUUUUUUAUGACAUGAAACCAGUGAAGAAUUGAGAAAAAAAGACGUAGAGAAGAAUCAUGCUUUAGUUGCGAUUCCGGCAAAAGAGAACCAAUGGAGUCAAGGGACAUUUUCAGUUCUCCACGCGUAUGGAAAAAAGAUGCGACGCAGAAUGAAGGGGAAGGCAAGGAGGAAAAAAUGCCUUCUGGAGAAAUCAUCCACACUGUCAGACCAGAAUAUUCGGAGCAUUCCAUAGAAAUCAAGCACGCGGAAGGAAGAAGCUGACAAGAAAAUCUGCGACAUUCAAUGCACUCCGCUGUACAACCAGUGAUUCGAACAGUGGGGGAAAAAAUAAAACGACGUCUAUUGGCAGAUGUAACUUUCACAUGAACUCAGUUUUCCAUACAUCCACAAGCAAGUGUCCAAGCCACUUGUAACCACAAUCCUCGGAAAUACAGAGAGCGGA